AUGGGACUUAAACUUCUAUUAGAUAACACUUAUAUUCAUGUUGACUUGCAGGAAACUGAGGAGAUGAUUGCAAAUGUUCUUGGGGUAGAAGUUUUUAGGCAGACAAUUGCUGGUAACAUUCUUGUGGGCAGCUAUUGUGCCUUCUCCAAUAAAGGUGGCCUGGUCCAUCCUUAUACAUCCAUUGAAGACUUGGAUGAACUUUCAACCCUCCUUCAGGUCCCUUUGGUGGCAGGGACUGUGAACCGUGGUAGUGAAGUGAUAGCCGCUGGCUUGACAGUUAACGACUGUACAGCGUUCUGUGGAUCAAAUACUACAGCAACAGAAUUGUCAGUCAUUGAGAGUGUCUUCAAGUUGCGAGAUGGUGAUUUGGGAAUUUCAGGAGAUGGCUACAGGUGGCGCAAGUAUGGACAAAAAAUGGUAAAGGGAAAUCCUCAUCCCAGGUAUGUGCCUAUCUUUCAGUUUAACCUUUUAAUUCUGUAUCUGAUUUUUGUACCUUGAUCAGGCUAUAAAUGC